CAUUGAGCAAACCCAGCGCUGAGCGGCAGCACUGCACCUAAAACACUGUUUGCGAGCGACACAUCUACCUUAGAUUCAAUCUCUGCUUUUUCCUCGUUAUUCCUAGACUCCACGCAUAUUCCCUCUCUCAGCGAUACAUGCAACUGAUACCACUCUGAACACAAGAGCUGGCACAGCCUGCCUCGCCACACAGCAACCUUGCAACGAGGUGUUAACUAGCCUACUUUCCUUUCCAUGCGACUCCGUUAUCUCCGGUGCUUUCGCCAGCCUGCAAUUGAAAAGUUUCGGUUUUGAGGAUAAACGAAAUCUACGACCUUCAAAGGGAUUGUUUAUAACAACACGGUGACCUGAGGAGGAUGAACCCGCAGUGAGACUGGACCCUUCCGUGAGGACCCACCUUCCCCUGACCUGCGUGUCCAGAGCCGCCUCCCGCAGCCCGGACACCCCGCCCCACUCCUUCUUCUCUCAGCCCCUCCUCUGGGCCCAGGAACCCCACUCCUCAGGUACCAGGAUGGACCUGCACCGGGCCGCUUUCAAGAUGGAGUCGUCCUCUUACCUUCCCAACCCUCUAGCAUCCCCGGCCCUGAUGGUGCUGGCUUCCACCGCCGAGGCCAGCCGUGACGCCUCCAUCCCCUGCCAGCAGCCCCGCCCCUUCGGCGUGCCUGUCUCCAUGGGGGAGAAGGACAUGCACCUGCCCUUCAACAAUGGCUCCUACACCUUCGCCUCCAUGUACCACCGUCAGGGAGCCGUUCCCGGGGGCUUCCCCAACCGGGACUUCCCCUCCUCCCUGCUGCACCUGCAUCACCAGUUCGCCCCCCCAAACCUGGACUGCUCCCCCAUCAACAUGCUGAACCACAGCGGGGUGGGGGCCUUCCGACCCUUCGCGUCCCCUCCAGACGACCGUGACGGGGCAGGGGGCUACCAGUCUGCCUUCACCCCAGCCAAGCGCCUCAAAGGCUGCCUGGAUGCAGACGCCUCUCCCCACCUGCGCUACACGGACGCUGAGGGUAAAGAGUAUGACUUUGGGGGGGGACAGAUCCCCUCCAGCUCCCCAAGCGCCCUUAAGGCAGUGGAGGAUGCUGGGAAAAAGAUUUUUGCAGUGUCCGGCCUGUUGUCCGACCGCGAGACGUCAUCGAGCCCAGAGGACCGCAUCGAACGCUGUAAGAAGAAGGUGUCUCUGUAUGACAGCCAGACGCCCAUCUGUCCUAUCUGCCAGGUGUUGCUGCGUCCAGGAGAACUGCAGGACCACAUGGAGCAGGAGAUGGAGCGCCUCACCCACAUGCACCUCAGUAAGAACCCGUCACACGGACACAAGGAGGGCAGUGUGGUUCCAGGAACUCCUAAGUCUAUGCUGUUGUCGGUGCACAUCAAACGCGAGGGAGAGUCACCGGUGGUCUCCCCUCUCUCUUCUGAAGAUGCCCACCACUCCGACAGAUACCAGACGUUUUUAAGAGUGCGAGCAAACAGGCAAACGCGGUUGAAUGUCGAUGACCUCUGCUGGUGCAGGCGCUACGCCAAGGAAAGUGUCAAAAAUGCUCCCCUUGGACUGCACAAUGGAGCCCCCCUUGCCCCCUGCUGCAUUGGCCACGCCCGGAUUGGGAAGAUGAAACGCCGGAAGCCAGAGGAUGGGCAGGUAUGUCCACUGUGCAGCGCGCCGCUGGCAGGGACCGAGGAGGAGAUGAGUAGGCAUGUGGAACAAUGUCUGUUCAAGAGGGAGGGUGUGUUUGCUGAGGAUGACUCUGCAGACAUGGACGGAGAGAACGGGACACGCUUCGAGGAGUACGAGUGGUGCGGCCAGAAGAGGGUCAGAGCUACCACCCUGCUGGAAGGAGGCUUCAGAGGAACAGGCUUUGCCAUGUGUAGCACGAAGGAGAGCCACGACAGCGACGCCGACCUGGACGUGGAUGGAGACGACACGCUGGAGUACGGCAAGGCCCAGUACACAGAGGCAGACAUCAUUCCCUGCUCCGGAGAGGACCAAGGAGAAGCCAAAGAACGGGAGGCACUGCGUGGGGCGGUGUUGAAUGGUGGAAUGCCGUCCAACAGAAUAGUGGCAGAGUUCUCCAAAUGGGCCAGUGAUGAGAUGCCCUCCACCAGCAAUGGGGAGAGCAGCAAGCAGCAGCUGCCUCAGGACCCCAAUGCCGCCUGCUCAUCCUCCAACGCGCCCCGGACCUGUAAAAACAGUGAAAUAGAGAAGAUCACAGAGGGCUCGAAAGCCACCACAUUUGAAGCACUAAAGGCUCGUAUCCGGGAACUGGAGAAACAGAUCCUUCGAGGGGACAGAUAUAAGUGUCUCAUCUGCAUGGACUCAUACACGAUGCCCCUCACCUCCAUCCAGUGCUGGCACGUCCACUGUGAGGAAUGCUGGCUCAGGACUCUGGGAAAUAAGAAACUGUGCCCACAAUGCAACACCAUCACAUCGCCAGGAGAUCUAAGGCGCGUCUACUUGUGAAGAAGACUACGCCUUCCCUGACCGGCCUCCCCCUACAACCCCCCCCUUCCAUGUUUUCCUCUUUUUAUUUCCAUUUGUUCUCACCGUUUGUGUUUUGGGGUUUGUAAAGCCCCCCCUCAUAGCUUAAAGAGACGAGACUGAUGUCUUGAUUGACUCUUCCGAUCAGGGGAGGACUGACUGAUUGAUCAACCAACCCGGUUGGGAACAGAACCGAACCCAGUUGCCCAUUAUGUCUGAGUGUUCUCAGAAUGACAAAUAAGCCAACCACCCCUCUCUGGCUCCUCCAACCGCCUACCUGCCCUCAAGUGGUGAGUGGUCCACUCCACAGUCAAAUCCCCUCCACCCUGGCUCACACUUCUGGUUCUAUGUGUUUUCAUCCUUUAGCUCUCAGGCAACCCAGCUUUACACUCAUGGAGCCCUCCUCCCUUGCUUGCCUCACCAUCGUCUCACCAUGCUGAAAGGUGUGUUCAGGUAGGAGGAGGUGGUGAUGUAACCCCCCUCCUUUUUACCAUCACUGCUCGCUGUGUGUAGAAAACCCAUCUUGGUCCAAGCCAUCAGGACAGCCAAACAAGAUAUUGAGCUGGCUGCCGGUCGUUGCACCCUGCUUGAAGGCCUGGUAAGGGGGAAAGGAAAACGAUGAACUCUGAGCUUUCUACCAAACUGACAACCUCAGAACAUCCAGAGGAUCCUCUUCUUUUCAGCCUCUUUUUUCCCUUUUGUGGUCUUAAAUUGUGAAGUCAACCAAAUUCCAAGAAUCAGUGCAAGCACAUGUAUAAUAGUGUAUGUUAGUUUACAGUGUUGUGUGUAAAUGACAUAGAGCUUACACUUCUAUACAUAUGUGCACACAUGCUUACACACAUUCACACAUAUAUGCGCGCUCGCACACACAAACUCACACACACACAAACUCACAAAAGUAUAUAUUAAUAAAGUCCAGUUUUUAGUUAGAGUUUUGAGGAAGGGUAGGGAGUGAUGUUUAAUCAAUGUGAAAAAGAAAGCCCUAUUUUUCAACCAAUGUUGUCGUCUUGAGGUUGAAGUUGUAUUUCAUUGUACAGGAAUAGAUUUAAGUCACAAUAAUAAUAAUAAUAAACUACUCAACUAGAAAUCCAAGGUUUAGAUGGUGUACAUUUUUUCUUCAACUAUAUAGUAAAACCUGUCGAAGUCUUAAACCUAAAGCAAGGAGUAUAUGUUUUUUGAUUUGAUGUUUUAAUGGAAAGGUUCACAUCACUCUAACACUAGACGAGGGGAGAUGAUCGCUUUAAUUUGUUACGGAACUGCAACGCUGGUCAAAUGAACCGCUGUUUCCUAAAUCACAACCGGGAACACAGUUGAGUUAACCUCCACCUCUGCUGCUUCUCCUCAGUUGACCAGCCUACCUGUUGAUUAAAUCACUUUACUGAUCACUUAGGUUUUCUGUUUUGGCCUCCACUCUGAUAAAGCCUCAAAAGAUGCUUCUCCAGAAAUGUUUUUGAGUGUUGCUUCCAUUGUGCGACCUAGCCAGGCUUCCAACCUGGCAACUCGUCAAGGCAGGUCCUUCCCAUCUGUGAGGGAAGGAGCAGUGGGCCGACAUGUUGUCCCAGCCCACUCUGACUGCCCAAGCCCAGUUACUGAACACUUCCCCACAGCAAGGUGAUGUGCUUUGUAGUUGUAAAACAAUGUAUCCUGUGAUGUCUGUAUUGAUGUAAGCUGACAAAAAAGAAAGAAUAAUUGAAAGGUUUAUGACUGAAUUCAAACCCCCAACAGAUCUACUACAGGGUUAAAUUUCCUGACACUGGGACGGAUUUCCAUCAUGGAUUCUUUUUUUCUUUGUAUUUUUUCUCCAAUAAUGAAAAGGACUGGAAUUGGUCAAACUCCGAAAUUAUCCUCUUUUCCUAAAUGCAUGAUGGUCAUUACUUUUUUUACAUGAAAGUGGAGGUUAAGUGGCCCCAGACAGUCGUUCUGACAUCGACUGAAGUUUCAGUCAUGGGAUUAUUUUGUUGCUUUAACCCCUGUAUAUUAACACAUGUACAGAACAGAAAUGUUACAUUUUCAGUGAAGGGGAACAAUAGAUGAUGGCAUUAAUCACAUGCAAAGCGUUGGAUAUUUAUUUCAGUCCAGACCUUCUGGUUUCCAUUCACAUCCAUUUUCUUCACGGACUAGCGUCUUCAGAACUGUCUCCAGUUUAGUGUUUAUUGCAGGGGGGGUGGGUUUCUGUCUAAGCUUGUCUUUGAUCAUCUCCCUACAUUGUGGAUUUAGAUGCUAUUUUACAAGGAUUAUUUGAGUCAUAGAGAUGGCUGCAAUGUAGACCUACAGCAGAUUUGUUUUCAUAAAAGCAGUAUACAACAUCUUUAGUACAGUAUUAUUGUUCCUGUAAAAAGAAUGUUCUGGAGCAACCUGUUUGAAGGGAUGAUCACAGGCUCGUAGAACUUCAAAGGAUCCGUAGAACAAUUCCACAUUGUUACACAGAUUCCCCCCCCCCAAUACCUCUGUUCAUUCAUACAAUGCGUGUGUGUGUAUAGGUUUGUGUUCUAGUUUCACUUUGUAGUCACGUGUACAGGUAACCAUGCAUAGGCAAAUGAACACUUAGAGCUGUGCAACAGUAUGUGUGGGGCACCUUUGAACCCGUAAUAGGAUGUUUGAGCUGACUGCACUUGUGUGUCAAGACAAGUUGUGUGAAUCUGCUUCACAACACUGUUAAGGGUUAAGGUCUUUUCUCACUUUGUGGUUCCUUCAACUGGAGAUUUAUUUCAACCUGCCCCAAAGAUGACAAAUUGCACAAGAUGAUUGUGUCAAAUAAUUUGUGUCUUGUAUAUUCUUGAAAAUGGUACGUGUCUUUCCCGUUUGUAAACUACAUUUGACAUUAAUUAAAUGAUUGUAAAUCA